AUGUUAAAUGCCUUGCCGAAUAAGCAAGGCGUACCGACGAUAGAGGACUCAGAAGGAUCGGCCUCACCUCUAAGAAUCAAGCUGACGUUCAUGUUCUCAAUGAGGAGCAGGGGGAGACAGAUGUUGGCAUGGUGACAGAUGUAGGGAGCACAAGUGUGGACAAAGCAACACAGCACAAGGUUCGGAAGAAGAACAUGCCGUCAAAAAGCAAACUGCAAAAAGCUGAGAGGGAGCAGUCAAAACGGUCCAAAGGUGAACAGAGUCCGAAAAAGCAGUCUUCAAAGAAAGUCUACAAUAGAGAGGACGUGGCGCUAGCUUUGGGGGAGCUGCAGGUUGGGGGGAGCCUUCGCAAGGUUGCGGCAAAGUACCACAUCCCCCACACAACCUUGCAGGACUACAAGAAAAAUAAGUACAUGCACCAUCCUCACCCCAACCGCAUCCUGACUCCGGCCGAGGAGGAUGCCCUGGUGGACUACAUUCGGUGGAUGAGUGAGCACGGCUUCUCCAUCACACACGCGGUGGCCAAGACGCUCGCUUUGGAGAUGGUGGAGGCCACAGGUCGCCCCGCCUUGGUCAACCUGGAGGGAGGCUUCAGCAAAAUGUGGUGGUUCCGUUUCCGUCGCCGCCACUGGGACAGAACCUCAAGAACACCUGACACCCUGGACCGCAACAGGCCUCAUGGAGCAACGGAGGAGGCUGUGGCUGUGGAUGGGCUCUUCUCUCUCAUUGAGCCCCUCUACGCUAAGCACGGCCUGGGAGAUAAGCCGCACCUAAUAUUUAACUGCGACGAAACAGUGUUUGGUCAAACCCAUUCCAGAGAAAUGGUCUUCUGCCAGAAGCAUGUAGAUUCCCAGCAAAACACUUUAAAGGAUCCUAUAACUGUCCACUGCUGUGUAAGUGCAAGUGGUGAGAGUAUCCCACCCCUUAUUAUUUUCACCAAAUCCCUCCCCAAAGCUUCCUACGCCCUAGACGGGCCCAAAGACGCGCUGUACGGCGUCUCUAAGGAGGGCUAUAUGGACAGUGACCUGUUUGUGAAGUGGCUGGGCCACUUUGUGAAAUAUGCCCCCACCGAGCGCCCCCUUGUUUUGUUCCUGGACCAACGUGAGACGCACGUCUCCAAAGACGUGGUCAACUUCUGUCAAGACAAGGGCAUCGAGCUGGUGUGCUUACCGGCGAACACCACGCACAUGCUCCAGCCGCUGGACGUGUCUGUGUUAGGGCCGCUGAAGCUGGCGUCCCAGUUGGGGCUUGUUCGAGGGGACCGGGUGAGCAAGCGGCGGUUUUCUGCGCUUUUUAAGUGCGCAUACCGCAAGGCGGUGACACCAACCAAUAUAAAGAGCGGGUUCAGUAAAACGGGCCUCUUCCCACUGGACAGGGCGGCGGUGGAUUCUCCACAGAUCGUGAAAACGACAGCCUCUGCUUCGCGUGCUGCCUCCACCAGUGAUGCUGCUGCCGCCCCUGAUGCUGCUGCCGUCCCUGAUGCUGCUGCUGCCCCUAUAGAGGUUCUUAAGAAGAACAAACCAUCAAAAAGAAAACUGCAAAAAGCUGAGAGGGUGCAGUCAAAACGGUUCAAAGCUGAACACCAAAAAAGUCCAAAAAAGCAGUCUCCAAGGAAAGGCUACAAUACAGAGGACGUAGCGCAAGCUUUGGAGGACCUGAAGGCUGGGGGGAGCCUUCGCAAAGUUGCAGCAAAGUACCACAUCCCCCACACAACCUUGCAAGACUACAAGAAAAAGAAGUACCUGCACCAGCCCCACCCCAACCGCGCCCUGUCUCCGGCCGAGGAGGAUGCCCUGGUGGCCUACAUCCAGUGGAUGAGUGACCGCGGCUUCCCCAUCACACGCACGGUGGCCAAGACGCUCGCUUUCCAGAUGGUGAAGGCCUCAGGCCGCCCCACCAUGGUCAACCUGGAGGGAGGCCUCAGCAAAAUGUGGUGGUCGCGUUUCCGUACCCGCCACCCAAACAUAUCCGCAAGAAAAGCCGACACCCUGGACCGCAAAAGGGUUCAUGGAGCAACGAAGGUGGCUGUGGAUGGGCUCUUCUCUCUCAUUGAGCCCCUCUACGCCAAGCACGGCCUGGGAGAUAAGCCACACCUAAUAUUUAACUGCGACGAAACAGGGUUUGGUCAAACCCAUUCCAGAGAAAAGGUCCUCUGCCGUAAGGGGCAGAAGCAUGUAUAUUCCCAGCAAAGCACUUCGAGGGAUCCUAUAACUGUCCACUGCUGUGUAAGUGCAAGUGGUGAGAGUAUCCCUCCCUUUAUUAUUUUCGCCAAAUGCCUCCCAAAUGAUGUCUAUGGCCUAGAAGGGCCAAAAGAUGCGCUGUACGGCGUCUCUGAGAAGGGCUAUAUGGACAGUGACCUGUUUGUGAAGUGGCUGGAACACUUCGUGAAACACGCCCCCACCGAGCGCCCCCUUGUUAUGUUCUUGGACCAACAUGAGACGCAUGUCUCCAAGGACACGGUCGACUUCUGCCGAGGCAAGGGCAUCGAGCUGGUGUGCUUACCGGCGAACACCACGCACAUGCUCCAGCCACUGGACGUGUCUGUGUUCGGGCCGCUGAAGAAUGCCUUCACCAAGCUGGCGUCCUCCUUGGGGCUUGUUCGAGGGGACCUGGUGGUGAGCAAGCGGCGGUUUUCUGCGGUUAUAAAGCACGCAUACCUCAAGGCGGUGACACCUGCCAAUAUAAUGAGCGGGUUCAGGAAAACAGGCCUCUUCCCACUAGACAGGGCGGCGGUGGAUUAUUCACAGAUUGUGAAAAUCACUUCCUCUUCUUCGCGUACUGCCCCCGGUGCUUCCGCUGUCUCUCCUGGAGGUACCCCAGCCGUUUCACCAGCCACAGACCCCUCUGUCUGUGCCACCACCACUGCCUCCUCUAGUGAUGCUGCUGCUGCCCCUGAUGCUGUUGCCCCAGAUGCUGUUGCCCUGAUGCUGUUGCCCUGAUGCUGUUGCCCCAGAUGCUGUUGCCCCUGAUGCUGUUGCCCCUGAUGCUGUUGCCCCAGAUGCUGUUGCUUCCGCCCCUGAUGCUGUUGCUCUUGCCCCUGAUGCUGUUGCUCUUGCCCCUGAUGAUGUUGCCCCUGCUUCCGCCCCUGAUGCUGUUGCCCCAGAUGCUGUUGCUUCCGCCCCUGAUGCUGUUGCUCUUGCCCCUGAUGAUGUUGCCCCUGCUUCCGCCCCUGAUGCUGUUGCUCUUGCCCCUGAUGAUGUUGCCCCUGCUUCCGCCCCUGAUGCUGUUGCUGCUGCCCCUGUUGCUUUUGCCCCUGAUGCUGUUGCUGCCCCUGUGGGAGAUGCCAGCUCCAGCAUUGCUACCGCUGCCCGUAGUUGUGCUACCAACCGGUAUGGUGCCUGUUCAACUUGCGGUUCGAAGCCGAACCCCCUGGUGCUGGCUGGCUUAAUCCCGGAGGAGCUUGCAAACAUUCUGGUCCCCCCCAAGUUUGUGAAGUCCGACUCUCCCCGGAAGCGCCUGCCUCUCCCAGCGAGGGUGAUCACGUCGGAGGAAUAUGCCGCCCUCUUGGAGGAAAAACUCGCUGAGGAAAGGGCCAAACAAGAUAAGAAGAGACGACGGAAGAGGAAGAAGAAGGAGGAAUGUUAAAGAAAAUGGGAGGAGUCAAGCAGACGAGGAGUCGCGGCCACAGUCGUGAUGCGGAUGCUGACUACAAGCAACGCUCUCUGGCUUCUUGUAAGCCUCAAAUUACUUGUGAUCAAGUGAACUGUGUGAACUGUUGUUUGGACUACACCAAUGUUGUCGAUUAGUGAAUGGUAGCUCAUUACUUACUGUAUCUGAAGGACCUUGCAAUUGAAACUCACAAGAAAAAUACACAAGCCAAAGGGGCUGUAGAGACCGAUUCAAUAAUACAACAUUUUUUUAUUGCUUAAACUGCCAUUAGGACAAUCUAUACCAAAAAAGGGCUAUAGUCUGAGCACACAUACAAGAAAUUAAACAUUGUACAGACAUUGGGUAAAAUAGA